AUGGACGAGCUCAGCCUCGAGACUCGAUCGGUAGACCCGAUCAUCGCAUUGCUUCAUCCGAUCCAAGAUGCCGAGUUGUCGAAGUGUCGCGGGGAUGCACCGGUGUCCAUCGUCUGCGUCGCACUCGAGCGUGGCCACGCUGGCGAGGAACGAACGCUCCCCGGCACCAAUCCGACCCCGGAGGACAUUUGCAAAUGGAAAGGUCUGGAGCAAGGCGCCAACCUUCAACGAAAGAGCCGACCCUCGGUCUUGUCCGAUUUCCCACGCCUUGGCUCCCCAUCUUCAGCGUAUCCGUUCAUCCGCCUUCAUGACAACUUGCAGGGUCCAAGCCUGCUACUGUAG